GUACGUCCUUCUUGAAGAAGGCCUAGAACGCGUUCGUUACGAUUUUCCUUGGCAGCCUGUAUCUGACGAGGCGGACGCUGAAUACAUCCGCCUCCUUCGUCGCGUUGAAAGCGAGUGCUGGCUGGACCAUCUUUGGUAUCAACAUAACUUCGAUACCUCUAUGGUCAUAUACAAUGGCACUUAGCUCAAGCCACAGAUCAUCCUGACCAGGCAAACAAACGUGAAUAUGCAAUAAUAGCCCCUCAGGUGCUGAAUGUACACGAUUGACCAACGGCAAUAGUGCAACCGCGCCCAGAUGACGAUACCCCAUAUACCCAAUCGCCUGGGCACUCAACUCGCAUUCCGAGCUAGCGAUCACAAGGCUAGCAGCAUGUACUGCGACGUACAAGAACUGGCGACCGAGGAGCCGCUCGUAGUGAGACCGCGAGCAUACCCGGAUGACGAUAUCUUGAUGCCCCGUUGUCUGGAUGGGUCAGCGUCGACAUAUCGAGGUGUGGCCCGGUCUGAGCCUGUACGCGAAUCUAGUCUCUACUAGCACCGACCACCUUGCUAGUGUCCUGAUGUACAUUGACACGCUUUUGUGUAAUGUAUAUUCUGUGCUCU